CAAAAAGGAAAGUUGCUUCCUCCCUUCCUUCCUUCGAUCUUAAUCUUCUGUGAACACAAAAACACAGACGAGAAGAACAAAACCAAACCAAACCAGCAAGUCCUAAGAUCUUCUUCCAUCCCAGUGAAGAAGAGAUCGAAGUGUGUUUUUCUUCAUAACCGGUGAAUUAAAGCAAGAUCCUCAAGUAACCAUGAUGAAUCGGUUAUUCGGGAAACCUAAGACGGAAACUAAUGCUCUCCAGACAUUAGACAAACUUAACGAGACACUUGAGAUGCUAGAGAAGAAGGAGAAGGUAUUAUUGAAGAAGGCUGGUCAAGAAGUUGAGAAGGCUAAAGAAUACACUCGUGCUAAGAACAAACGCGCGGCUAUACAGUGUUUGAAAAGGAAGAGAUUAUAUGAGCAACAAGUCGAACAGCUUGGCAAUUUUCAGCUCCGUAUACAUGAUCAAAUGAUUAUGUUAGAGGGUGCGAAAGCAACAACUGAAACUGUUGAUGCAUUGAGGAGUGGAGCUUCUGCUAUGAAAGCUAUGCAGAAAGCAACAAAUAUAGAUGAUGUGGACAAGACUAUGGAUGAGAUCAACGAGCAGACAGAGAACAUGAAACAGAUCCAAGAAGCGUUGUCUACUCCAAUCGGGGCAGCAGCUGACUUCGAUGAGGAUGAGCUUGAAGCAGAGCUUGAGGAACUAGAAGGUGCAGAGCUUGAAGAACAGCUUCUUCAGCCGACAACAACGUUGCCUUCAGUUCCGGUGCCUGCAGGGCGUCAACCAGCACGUCCUAUUCCAAAGCGGACCGCAGAGGAAGAAGAACUUGCUGCAUUACAGGCUGAGAUGGCCCUCUAA